AACCCUCGUACACAAUAGGAUCUAUUUCUGUAUAUGCACUAGGGUUAUCACCCCACUUAUUCCAACUCCCUCUCUCUUUUUUCUCUCUCUCUCUAUCUCACCCCCACUCUUUAUCUAACACUCUCACCCACUUUCACAAAAUCAUGGCCGACAGAAACAGCCGGUCCAGUGUUAAGAGGAAAGAGAAGAAGGUGGAAAGCAAACCAAAUGAUGACAAGGACAAAGAAAAGGAAAAGGGCAAGGAGAAGACUGUGAAAAAGCCUGACAAACUUGUAAAGAAGUCUGAGAAGACCCCUGAGCAGCCCAAGGCAGAAGAAGAGAAGAAGAAUGGGAAAAGUGAAGGAGCGACAGGAGCAGAGGCAAACAACGGUGAAGAAAAUGGAGAAUUUCAGCCCAUAGAGCUGCCGCCUUUUGAGAUCGUUACAGGGGAACAGAUGAGUCCGUUCUACUUCAAGUUUCAGUUCAGGAAUGUUGAGUACUCAUCAGGGAGGAACAAAACCCUUCUGUGCUUCAGAGUGGAUACAGCAGGAGGCAGCACUGAGCCUCUGAAAGGUUAUAUGGAGGAUGAACAUGCCACAGCACACGCUGAAGAGGCCUUCUUUCAACAGGUGCUCCCCAACUCUUCCCAAGAGUAUGAUGUCACAUGGUACGUGUCAUCCAGUCCUUGUGCAUCUUGUGCAGCCAAACUGGCAAACAUCCUCCAGCAGCGCAAAAAGCUUCGUCUCUGCAUAUUCUGCUCCCGUCUCUUCGAGUGGGAGCAGCCAGAAAUAGUAGAAGGGCUUAAUGCCCUGGCGAGGGCAGGCUGCAAACUGCGGAUGAUGAAGCCAUCUGACUUCGUGCAUGUUUGGGAAACGUAUGUGGAGAAGGAAGACCAGAGCUUUGCACCAUGGGAGGACUGUCAGGAGAACUACAACUACUAUGUGGAGAAACUGGCUGAAGUCCUUAAAUAGAUGUGCACAGGAUUUCCUUACAGACUGAACCACACAUCCAUCUACUUGUGAAAGUUCCACUGGCUGAAUGCGUGUUUCUUGCAGUCACAUCUGAUGGUGUUUGAACAGACACUCAUGGCUACAAUUUAUACUUUUAUUUUGACUUUUUCAUAGAGAGAAACAAAAUGCUUGCAUUUCUAGAUAAAUAUAUCAAACAAUAUCCAACCAGUCACUUUAAAAGCGGUAACACUCAUUGCUGAACCAUUUACAGCGUUAAUAAGCUUUGGAGAUGUUAUAUUUACUGACAUCUGGUGUUUGUACACAGAACUGAAAAACUGAUGGAGGCUGAACGCACCGGUGAGCCACAACGUUAAAACCACUGACAGCUGAAGUAAAUAAUAUUGCUCAUCCCAUUACAAUGCAGUCUAUUACUGGUGAAUCUUGGGUUCUGGCUUUAAUGUGGAUGUACUGUUACACAUACUAUCCACCUUAACAUGGCAUUGAAUGAGGGCAACGAAGCACAGCUGCUCGGGUAUGGCUCCAGAAACACUACAAAGAGCCGAAAGACAAGAUUUCAAACCAGUCAAGCAUCUGUGGGAUGCACCAGAAUAAUCCCAAUCUACAAAGGCUGCCAGCAUCCGAGUGCCAGACACCACAGGACACCGCUACAGGUCCAUAUUGCAGCGAGUCAGAUCCAUUUUUUCAGCAUAAAGGGGACCUAUGUGAUAUCAGGCUGGUGACUUUAUUGUUGUGGCUGAUCGGACUAAGCUCUCCUACAGGUAAUGACAUAUUUAUAGUACCGGUACAUACAAUAAUUAUUAAUGAUUAUCACACAAAUAAUGUUUCAAAUUUGACAGUGCUGUCAAAUGAUGUGAAUUAAAAUAUGUACAAUUCCUGAA